AUGCAGUUCGUCGUGGUAGAUGGCGCCUGGCCGGUGGUUCCCUGUGCGAUUUCUCGCUCCCAACUCCUGGCACGUGCAGUGAGGGACAGCGACCUCGGCGAGGAAGGCGGUGGCCGCUUCUUGCUCCCAGGCAGCGCCCUGGUCACGUUAUGCCAAGAGGUAUUGGACGCCUGUGCUACGAGAAGCCAAGCCCCUCCAAACCUCAAGGCGUUGGACGUUGCCCUCUUGCAUGCUCCGCACAGUGGCUCGCCGGGAGCUCUUUGCCUUUACGCACCGACGAGUGUGGGGCAACAGCGUUUUGCAGUGGAAGAUCUCGCUGGGUCAGAAUGCUUGCUGGCAUUCACCGCACACCGGGAGUCUCUCAUCUCUGUGGCCUUACUGUCCGGUGUGAGGCCUACCCACAAGGAGAGAGACGACGCCACAAGGCCUUCUGCACGACGCCCGGAGACACGGAGUGGGAGCGACAUUCGUGAGGUGUCAGGGUCGAAGGCAGCUAGACUCGCAGGACGCAGCGUCCCUGCCCUACGGAAGUUUACACGCGCAGAAACGUACUUCACUUCGGUUGCAUCGACGACGCAGAGGGACUUUGCGGUGGUGAACGAGCUGCUUCUGUUGGGAACGAUCCGCGUGAACGAGCGUGUGGAGUCGUUUGUCUGCAGCGUGUGUGGGAACUUGCCGUGGCGAACGAUGACGACGUCAUGCUGCGGGGCGGUGGUGUGCGCUGUGUGUGCCCCGACGUUGUCGUCAUCGUCGGUCCUCGGAGAGGAGGUGGUGUGCGCUGUGUGUGGUGAGGUGCCUCUCACAAAUCCCGAGGCCCACGUGAGCCGCGACGCGGAGGUGAUGCGGUUGGUACGGGAGCUCCGCGUGUUGUACCGUCCGCAGCUCUCUGUGGCUGCGUGUCGCACCCUUCCGAGUGGGAGUCAGCCCCCUCCCACACCGUUCACGGUGCACCACGCAGGGUUGCCGCUACCGCUGUGCGACACGAGUGGGCCAACAGCUUCCGUGCUUGGGUCUUUGUUUUUGGGGUCAUCGUGA